GCGGUGCUGGUGCCGCUGUGCUCGGUGCGGGGCCGCCCCGCGCUGCUCUUCACGUUACGUUCCCGCCGCCUGGGCGGUCCCCACAGCGGUGACGUCAGUUUUCCCGGGGGGAGGAGGGACCCGGCGGACGGCGACGCGGUGGCAACGGCUUUACGGGGGACGCGGGAGGAGCUGGGGCUGGGGGGACAGAUGGUGGCUCCCGUCGUGGCCAACCUGGGGGCCCUGGAGGACUUGACGCUGACCCCCAACCCCGACGAGGUGGAAGAGGUCUUCACCCUGCCGCUGGCUCACCUCCUGCGGGAGGACAACCAAGGCUACACGCAUUUCCGCACUGCCGGCCGCUACAGCUACACCCUGCCCGUCUUCCUCAACGGCCCCCACAAGGUCUGGGGGCUGACGGCCAUCAUCACCGAGCUGACCCUGGAGCUGCUGGCACCUGACCGCUACCAUCGGAAAACCCACGUGUUGGCCCGCAGCCCCUCGGGACGGCCCCCCGAAGGGAGCUCGGCCUGA